UGUGCGCGCGUGCAGAAUUCCCUCAGGAGUAAAAGUUGCACUAAUCUUUUGUGCAUAUGCCCAUUCCAUGGUGUGCAUGCACCUCAUAUGGUAAAGAUGGGAGUCUUUUCAGUCAUCAGUACCCAUCGGGUACACAUGUCCUCGUGCUUCUCUGUGAGGGCAUGUAAGGGCGAGGUGCACCUGCCACUAUUCAGUUCCUCUCAUUGACUCACGGCUUAGAGACAAAGCCCAACAGUAGAAGAGACUGCCAGCCUUCUUGAUAGCCUUACUAAAUAGUUCUACAGUUAGAGUAUAGUAAUAGUUUUUAAUAGCUUUAGUAGUUCAGUUACCUGUUACAACCUUUAGAUCUUACUUGCUCUAGCAUUAUUUGAUUCACCUAGGUUUAAACACUGCCCUUCGUGCAAGGGAGCUCUUGCAGCUUCGGAUGGAUACUCAAAAUGCCUCUACUGUCUGGGAUAACUGCAUAUUCCCAGUAAAUGUGUGAUUUGCAAGUCAUUCCGUUCCUGAGCUAGGAAGGAUAGGGAAGCUCACCUUCAGGUCUUCCUAAUGACCAAGUCAGUGAGACCUGCUUCUGAACCAGGCUCUCUAGACCCACCUGUAGCGGGACCUUCUGAGCCAGAGUGGAUAUGGACUCUUUACCUUCAAGAGCUCCAACUCGAAUCACAACCAUGAUGACAACUUCCUUCUCAGUCAGACUGCAGGGAGCUAGAAGCCUCAGGGACAGGUUGCCCAUGAGGGGUUUCUCUAAGAGGAAAACCUUCCCAAGGUGCUGAACAUUGUCUGACACUUUGUGGCCCAGAAUGGUUCCCGUAAAUUAUUCUGCACUUCUUUUCCUAAAGUUGUUUUGCGUUUCUGCUGCUGGAAAGUCUGUCCUGGAUUCUCCCACAAAGCUAGUUGCAGUUCUGUGGAGAAGGUAGUGAUUGAUGUAAAUGAAGUGACAUGCGGUCUGAUAUCUGUGACUGAAAGGUCUUACGUAAAUGUACAGUUUAAUAGUAGUAGCGGUGUUCAGAUACUACGGUGACGGGCACUCUCCAACUGCUCCAUACUAAAAAAUAAAAGAAUUCCUUGUUCAGAUAAAUCUUUUUCAGCUUCAUUUGUGAAGUGGUUUCUUACUUUGAUUAUUAAUUUUAUUACUCUUAAAAUUAUUAAUAAAAUUAGAAUAAAUUGAUAAUCUGUACUUCGCCAAAUAUGGUGGAUGCCAUUUCAAUUCUGUUAAAUACAGCUUUCUAUUAUUAGCAUCAUUUUCCAGAGAACUGAUCCUGUCCCAUUGACUUUAAUGUUAAUGGGAUUUGGAUAUUAGCAACUGUCAUGCAGUUUGUUGACAACUUUUUGAGAACCCGGGACUGCCACUCUCUGUGGAAAGCCCUGGCCACAGGCAGGUUUGUGGGACUGCAACCAGGGAAGAAAACACUGGGAUGUGCCAAGCCUGGGUCUCCAGUGCUGGAGCAGGGUUUCAGUGAACAAGAGGAAGACCAAUUUUCCAUUUUAAAAUAAGAUUUUUUUAUUAUAUUAAAGAAUGUUAUAGGUUUAUUUUACAUCAUUAUAAUUAAUGCUAGUCAGCACUUCCAUUAUUGGCCUUCUAAUUUUAGUGGCUGUUACAUUUCUUUGUAUGGAACAAUACUUUUAUCAUAUUUUUAGGUUGAAAAGCUAGUUCGGGUACUUUUUAGCUUCAAAAUAAAAAGGAAGUUAACAGUGUCAGACACUAUAUUGAUUCUAAUUAUGUUGUAUGUGCAAUAAUGUUUUUUUUUUCAAGAAAGAUUCUGAUACUUAUUUUUAGCCAACAGACUUAGUCAAUCACUGUACAUCAGGGGAGUAAUUCUCAUAUUGCUCUCUGAUGUGUUAAACCACAGAAGUUACAUAAGAGCCACUUUGAUCUCUUGAGGGGCAGGAAUCUGCUUUAAAAAAAAGUUUCUGAAUGCAAAUGUAUAUGAUAGAUGCUCUUCUGGAUAAAUAAUUCACUUGGUUGAGUUCUUAUAUGUUCCCUUGAUAAUUUUUUCUUUCUUUUAAUCCCUGCUCUCAUUCUAAAGGGAUGGAAAAUACAUGAAAGGGAGUGAAGAAAGGAACAUGAAAGAGAUGUAAAUUUCCUCUAAGUGGUUUUAAUGUUCCUGACACAAAACCCAGCCAACUCUAGUCUCUUCUUUGGUCUUUCAGCAUCUCGUCUAAGGCCAGGUCUGCAUGACAGACCUAUAUCGAUAUAACUACGUCGCUCGGAGUGUGAAAAAUCCACACCCCUGAGCGACAUAAUUACACCAACCUGACAUCCUGUCUAGAUAGCACUAUGAUGAAGGGAGAGCUUGAGCUUCUCUUGUUGACAUAGCCACUGCUUCUUGGGAGGUGGAUUAACUACACUAGUAGGAGAAGCUCUCGCAUUGGCGUAGUAGCAUCUUCACUAAAUCACUACAGUGGCGCAGCUGCACCAGUGCAGCUGCGCCGCUGUAACACUGUACAUAACAACAAGCCCUUAUAUACACUUCUCUUCUCCCCCAGUCUAAUGGCAAUACAGCUCACUGGGAGAGGAAAUCUUUGUCUAUAACUCUCGAUUGAGACUGUGAGGAGAGAAUAGGUUCUGGAAACUCUUUGCCUUUCAGCACCUCUCCUUAGUGGUUACCGUAUUCUCUGUUCUUUGGGGACAUCGCCAUAAAAUUAUCUGUGCAACAAUAAUCUUAACAAAAACAAGAAUUAUUAAAAACAGAAAAUGAAAUUAAAAGAAAAGAAAUGGUUUGUGUAACAUCUAGAUAGAUACUUCUCAUAAACUAAACAUAGAAGGCAUUUUCAGUUUAGUUGCAGAGGAAAAAGAAAAAUAAAUAACUCAGAUUUCUUGAAAUCUCUCUGAACAAUCUGUUCAGCCUGUCAGUUUCUGUUUUGGAUCAGAUAGCAGCAAUCCUCUUUGUGCCAGAGAACUCUCUUAUUGAGCCCCCUGAUCCAGGGCUAGCUACUUCCACCACUUUCCAAAUCAGUUUUGUCCAGUUAGCUACACAUACAUUAGGAUUUGGACUCAUCAUUUUUUCUAGGCAUGGAUUGUUGAGGAUACAAAGUUCCUUUUAUGAUUAUUAAUAGCCAUCUUUCAAAUGCUUAGCCUACUUCAGAUAUCACUUUUCACAGACCACCUUGACUAGUUGUUUCUAGUUAAUCAAGUUUCUUGUUAAAACUCCCUAAGCAAUUUUUUUGGCCAAGAAACACUAACUAUGGGUAAGGUCCCCAGCCCCUCUGUCAAAAUAUUGCAGUGUACUUUCUUGUUUCAGGAAUUUUUAAUGAGUUAUGAGCACAAAACAACGAGCCCAAACAGUUCUCUCACAGGGCCUUGUGCAUCUCUGUAGUGACUCCUGCCUAUCUGCUAGCCUACCAUAUAGUGAUUUUUAACAGGUUCUGGCUUGUCAACUUGAUUGGUUAUUGUGGUGUAGGGAAGCGUGUGAUCUGGGUCUUCAGUACUCAGUCUGCAAAAGAGCCAGUCUGGAGCAUGGUGGGUUGAGUUGUCUCUCUGCCUUAGGUUGCAGCUGUGCCUGUCUCUCUGUUUGGUUGUUGUGUGUUAGAUUUCUGUAUUCUGAGAAAUAAAGUGGUGUUAUGUUGCAACCUUUCAGGAAGAAUAUUUGUUUGUUUCUAGAUUUGGAUCACUUGAUGAUUAUCUUGUUCUGUUCAUUCCCUCUGGGGCACUUGUCAUUGGCCACUUUCGGAAGACAGGACACUGGGCUUGAUGGACCUUUGGUCUGACCCAGUAUGACCAUUUUUAUGUUCUAAUUCUUUGCAUAUGCCAUAAAUAUAACAGUUUUAUGUGAUGGCAAAGCCUUGCAGAAAGGGACUGAAGGGGAUUCAGGAAAUGCCUAUGUGGUAGGGUAAUACGCACUAUGAGGGGUGUGAUUUCUUAAGUGCACUAACAUAUUGUGCAUAUGCCAUUCCAUUGAUGGUGUGCAUGUGCCUCAUAUGGUAAAGACAGGCGUCUUUUCAGCCAUCAGUACCCAUCCUUAUAGCUCCAGCAUGGCCCAGCCAAUUCUGGUUCACAAAUCUAUUGAGUCUCUCAGUAUCUUAGUCCAGGACCUUACCUCUGCUUCCAGACCUACUGUGUAAGAACCAGGGACAGAUUCCACACCUGAACCUAGCAUCCCCUGCACCUCGCUGCAUGCAGGCUGGAUGGAUGUCAUCAGGACAGCAGGCUUGCUUCUCCUCAGUUAUGGAAGUUAUGAUAAGCAGUAGAAAGGACAAGACAAACUUACCUGUCAAAAUGGACAAGGUUCUCUCAUUGGUGCCAGUGGAAAUAAUUGAUUCCACAUUUACCUUUCAAUCCCGCAGACUCUCGAUUUACUCAAACUCAAGAUGAAGAAUCUGUCUCUUAGCUUGAUCAUGGCGCACCUAGUGGUGAUCUCAUCUUGCCACGUACUGAUUGAGGAUCACACAACCGUGGUAAGGUUCUUGAGAGUCCUAAGUAAAGUAUUCCCACCUAUCAAAGAACCACCUCGGGACUUGAAAUCUAGAACUCACAGCACUCAUGGGACUCAUCUUCAAGCCCCUGGUUGCCUCGUCUCUAUUACACCUGUCAGUGAAAAUGGAAUUUUUGAUAGUGAUAACUUUGGCCAGAAGAGUAGGAAAGAUUCAAGUGUUUAUGACUGACCCUCCACAUACAGUAUUCUACCAAGAUAAGGUAUUAAUGAAGACAUAUCCUAAAUUUCUUCCUAAAGUAGUCACAGGCUUCCAUCUCAACCAACCAGUAUACCUACCAGGAUUCUUUCAAAAAUCUCAAAAAUCCAAAUCUGAGGCAACCUUGCAUACAUUAGAUGUGAGGUGAGCCUACUUCCUGAAUAGAAUGAAACUGUAUAGAACAUUGCCAAACUUGUUUGUCUUCACUGAGGGAAGGAUGAUGGGCUCUGCAGUUUCAGUCCAGAGACAGCGUAAUGGAAUUUCUGAUUGUAUUAAAAUGUGAUGAGGUGACCAAGGUAGAGACACCAGCUACAAUCAGGGCCCCUCCACCAACAGUGCAAGUUGUGUCAGUAGCAUCACUGAGAAACUUAAUAUCUGACAUUUGUAAAGCUGCUGCUUGUGUGUGAAUCCACAUGUUCACUUGAUAUUAUACCCGAGUAGAAGCCUCUAAAUCCAUCACUACAUUUUAAUCAUUAUUUUGGUAACUGCUUAAACUUAUACCUCCUAAAUAUGAUAACUGCUUGGGAGUCACCAUCAGUGGAAUGAAUGGGCAUAUAGACAAUCACUCAAAGAAGAAAGGAAAGUUACCCAUGUACAAUAACUGGAGUUUGAGAUCUAUUGUCCAUAUGUACAUUCCACAACCUGCCCUUUCAUCCCCUAUACCUCAGAGCCCUCUUGUAAGGGAUUCGGCAUUGAGAAGGAACCGAAUGGUGGUGGAGAAGCACGAGGACUGAAAAGCACAUGUAUGCCCUACAAGUACUGCUGGCCAAAAAGAGUUUCAUCUCUACUACGAAGCGCGUGCACAUCAUCAGUGGAAUGCACAUAUGCACAACACAGCUUGAAGAACUCCAGUUACUGUACUUGGAUUAUAUAUUGGCUUUGUAUACACUAGCACAUAUCAAGCAAGACAGAUGAACUCCAGCCUUGUGUGCACUUUCAAUUAGCCUACAAGAUGCAAUUUAGUAUGAAUCCCAGGCAGCUUUGGAAGUGAAAGAGAAGUUUGAGAUCUCUGGCUGGAAGCUGAACGUGAUGACGGCCUGGUCUAUGGUGGAGAAGUUGAAAAUGGAGAAGAGGCAUUCCAAAGAAGAGAGGAAUGUGGAACAGGAUGCUGGGGACUGCAGUGCUGAAUCUGAGGAAUGGACAAGCUCAGAAAGUGAGCCUGAACAACAAUGCUUCAAAAACAGCUGUAGCAAUACUCAGUGGAGGGAAAAGGAAAUUUCUACUAAACCACAUAGGCAACUCUGUCGCUCUCCUUGCCUGGAUCGUCCAAGUUUCUCACAGAGCAGUAUCCUUCAGGACUUGAAACUGGAAGAGUGUAAAAUAAACUUGGACAAGGAAUACCAGGCUAAAAUGGAUUUUGCUUUAAAGCUUGGGUAUGCUGGAGAUCAGAUCCAGGCAGUGCUGAACAAGUUGGGAGCAGAUGCUCUGAUCAAUGAUAUUUUGGCAGAACUCGUGAGACUUGGCAACAAGGGUGAAUCAGAGGGACAAGGCAGUGUCGGCAGUAGUAGUGGUACUCUGGUGCCCAGGGGUCCUUGCCCAAAGGAAAUGGCCAGCCCUGAACUGUCACUUGAAGAUGAAGUAGUGGAUAACACUGACAACUUAAGACCAAUUGUCAUUGAUGGAAGUAACGUGGCUAUGAGUUUAAACGAAUACUUUGCCAUAUUUUUAAGCCAUGGGAAUAAAGAAGAAUUUUCCUGUCGGGGAAUUCAGCUAGCUGUUGAGUGGUUUCUGGAGAAAGGACAUAAAGAUAUCACUGUAUUUGUACCUGCGUGGAGAAAAGAGCAGUCUCGACCUGAUGCACCAAUUACAGAUCAAGAAAUUUUACGUAAAUUGGAGAAAGAAAAAAUUCUUGUCUUCACCCCAUCUCGGCGAGUUCAGGGAAGAAGGGUGGUCUGCUAUGAUGACCGGUUCAUAGUAAAACUGGCUUUUGACUCAGAUGGCAUCAUUGUGUCAAAUGACAAUUAUCGGGAUCUUCAGAAUGAAAAGCCAGAGUGGAAGAAAUUCAUAGAGGAACGUCUGCUAAUGUAUUCUUUUGUGAAUGACAAAUUUAUGCCUCCUGAUGAUCCUUUAGGACGCCAUGGUCCAAGCCUUGAAAAUUUCCUAAGAAAAAGGCCUGUUAUUCCUGAACAUAAAAAACAACCAUGCCCUUAUGGCAAAAAAUGCACCUAUGGACACAAAUGUAAAUAUUAUCAUCCAGAACGCGCAAAUCAGCCUCAGAGGUCAGUAGCAGAUGAGCUUCGAAUAAGUGCCAAAUUGUCUGCUGUGAAAACUAUGAGUGAGGGAGCUUUGGCCAAAUGUGGCACAGGAUCAUCCAUUUCCAAAGGAGAAAUCAAUUCUGAAGUGAAACGUAUUGCCCCCAAACGCCAGUCAGACCCAAGCAUUAGAUCAGUUGCUGUGGAACCUGAGGAAAGACUGUCAGUAGCUCGGAAGUCAGAAGCCAACUCUGUCCCUUCUCUUGUUUCUGCAUUAAGUGUACCAACAAUCCCUCCUUCAAAAAGCCAUGCUGUUGGUGCAUUAAAUACUCGUUCUGCAAGCAGCCCUGUACCAGGGUCAUCGCAAUUUACUCAUCAAAAAUCCUCACUAGAACACAUGGCCAGUGUGCAGUAUCCUCCCAUACUGGUCACCAAUAGCCAUGGCACUUCUGUUAGCUAUACAGACCAGUAUCCCAAAUAUGAAUCUUUAGGAGACCAUGGCUACUAUUCCAUGCUCAGUGAUUUCUCCAAUUUGAGCAUAAGCAGUAUGCGUAACACAGAUUAUUAUGGGGCUAAUGCAGACCAAGGGAUGUACUCUAGAAAUUCAAGCCCCUGUCCUGACAAUCGCUUAAGCCAUACAAGUAAUGAUUCGUAUUCCUCUUAUAAUGAUUUGUAUCUGGGUGUAGCAGAUGCCAGGGCAGAAGACAAUGUGAAGGUCCACAGACUUUCAUCCCAAAAUCGUCUUCAGCCUUUUUCCCAUGGUUACCAUGAAGCCUUAACUAGAGUUCAGAGUUAUGGAACUGAAGAGCCUAAACAACUCCCUCGCAAACAGUCUGUUUCCCAUUUAGCACUGCAUGUCCAGCAUCCAGUUGUUGGAGCACGGUCCAGUUGUCCAGGAGACUACCCAGUGCCUCAGAAUGUUCAUCCAUCAGCCACUGCACAGCCAAGCCGUGCCUUGGUCAUGACAAGAAUGGACAGUAUUUCUGACUCACGGCUUUAUGAAAGUAACCCUAUGCGGCAGAGAAGGCCACCCCUCUGUCGAGAGCAGCAUGCUAGUUGGGAUCCAUUACCAUGUGCUGCUGAUACUUACGCUUACCACUCCUAUCCACUGAGCAACAAUCUCAUGCAACCAUGUUAUGAACCUGUAAUGGUAAGAAGCAUGCCUGAAAAGAUGGAGCAACUGUGGAGGAAUCCCUGGAUUGGUGUAUGUGGAGAGCCACAGGAACAGCAUAUUAUUCCAGAACAUCAGUAUCAGACAUACAAGAAUCUCUGCAAUAUUUUCCCUGCUGGUAUUGUCCUCUCGGUAAUGGAGAAAAAUCCCCAUAUGACAGACGCACAACAGUUGGCAGCUAUGAUUGUUGCCAAAUUGAGAACAGGGCGUUAAAAUGUUAGAGCUUCUUUUUGAACUCUUAAAGACAAAUAGUAUUGAGUGUAUAGUGGGCAGGAUCUGGAGGAAAAGUUAAAAAUAAGGCAAAUCUAUUGUAAAUAUUUUCUAAUUCUGUGGUAUAAAAUUCUGUACCCUAUAGCAAUCAUUAAAUAUAUGUGUGAGACACUAUAUAAAAGCAGAUUGUAUUGUAAAUAUAAUGAAUAUUUUAGGAUUUCAAAAAUAGGGCAUUUUAAAGGUAUUUUACAGGAAGUGCAUACAUUUUUGCAUGAAUAUAUUAUUUAACUAAGAACUACAAGGUUACACUUUUAGAGUCUAAAGCUGUUCAUUCAAAACUAUUGUUAGCAAUUAUAUUGCAUGUAUCAAUGUAUAGUUUCAAUUUGAUGAUAAAUAUAUAAUUGGCUUUUCAAAAUACGCUCUAUACAUUCUGGGAUCAUAAGACUUUGGCUUUGACACUGCAUUCCUCUGGGUCAAAUAUUUUUUUAAAUGAGAUGACUUGCCAACAAUUAAAAUAAUCCUCCAUUUGUAAAACAAACCUGAUCCUAUUCCCUUUUUUCACUUUUAAAUAUCAACAUAAUUGGUAUCUCUUAGCUUUUAAAUCUAUCCACCCAGGGUUUGAUCCUGUAAGGUGUGCUGACCACUUCGGCUCCAAUUCACCACUGGCUCCAAUCCAGCAAAGCAUUUAGGCAUAAGUGCUCAGCAUCUUUCAGGAUCAAAUCCCAAUUCAAUGUUAAAAGUAGGAUAAACUGUAGCCUUCCUCUUCAGAAGUACUGAUGAGUACAAAAUGUACACUAGUACAUUUUAAGGGUCAAUUGUAGACUGUCACUUUACUUAUGCACUGUUCAUUACUCACCCUCAAGUGGAGGGGAAGGUAGUGGAUGUUAAUGUGUGAAUAUCCAGUUUAGUAGAAACUGCAACCCUUCUUUUGUGGCUAGGGAUAGUAUUUGAAGGGUUAGAAUUACACUCCAACAGAUGAAUAGACAAUGUUUAAAAGGGGAGAGGGGCUGGUUCUGAAAAGGGAUGCUACAUCUUUGGCUUGCUGCAACCUGGCCUACUUUGCACUUCAGGUUGACCCAAAGGUGUGUAUUUUCCUCCUGAAGGAUUUUAAAGCUUUUAUUUUGACAGGCAAGAAAAAAAUUCUGUGUGGCAUUGUUUGCGCAACUAGUAUUUUGCUCAGGGGUGGGAACCUUUGUAGCUAAAUGCCUCCAUAAGAGGUGUUUAUUGGUUUUUUUAAGCUGCACUGAAUGGACGCCCUUUUUGAAUCAAUGUAUAUUUCAACAUUUUGAACCAUUACUAACUCGAUAUGUCUCGAGCUAGGACUUGUUGACUUCUACUGUAGUUUUUUUCAUGAAAGUUGAGAAGGCCUGGUUUAUGGCCUUUUGUUUCUUCAUGAGAAGGUGUGACACUGCCUAAAUGUUUCUUACUGUGAAACACACAGAACGUGAGGCUGCAGUCAGGGUUGUUUCUGGUGUUUUGAUAAUGGCUUGCAUGCUGCUUUCUGGUUCUGUUUGUCUGAGGACCAAAGACUACUACAUCACUACUUCCACUUGCUACUGUAAAACCUGCAUUGAUUCUAAGUGUAUCUCGUGGGCUAUUUAUCAUGUGCAAAAUGUGAAAAAGUUACAGAUGCAAUUAAAGUAAAUGUAUUAGUAUGUUGGCUGUUCACAUCAUUUCACACAUGAUAAAUAUUUAGUGUCCACACAGGUACCUCUCAGACUACUUACAUAUUUUGUCAUGGCCAUAUCAUUACAUGUUCAAAUUGCAUUAACUUGAAGAUUAUUUUCUUCAUACCUGGAGUAUUAAAAAUAAUUGUUUUAAUUAGUUGCAGAUCAUUGCUGUUAAUAAAAUUGAACUAAUCUUCAAAAAGUUAGCAAAUAACUAUAGAAAAAUAUUUUUACUCUUGACCAACUUUCAAAGCAUAUCUUAACUAGCAUUUUAUAUUUUUUAAUUUCCAAUUACUUCAUAUUCUCUUCUCUUUUAUGGUAAAAGCAGCUGAGAGUAAUGCCUCAAAUAACCAGAAAUGACCUUUUGUUUGUUGAUACAAAUUGUAUCUCUCUUUUUCUUGAUUGUAUAAAAAAACUGUACAAAAACCAUCUCUAGACUAACUUCAAUAUUGCAUUUUCACCAUGUUUGUGACACUGUGUGUCACAGGGAAGUAGCCCAUGGGUAAUUAUGAAUCUUUUUAUUUAAAAUGGGCACUUGUAGUUUAUAGACAAACAAGGACAACUUUUCAAAUCCACUUUAUUACAGUGUGCACAGAUAUUGUGUGUACACUUAAAAGCAUUAUAUUACAUAAGUUAUCUUUAGUCUAUUUAUUAAACAAAUACAUUCUUGCAAUGGAAUUUUAUGUAAAAAGUGUCAGUGUUAAUGAAUCAUCUGCACGUGUUUAUAAAUAGAACUGUAACAAUGUAACUGCUGUAGACCCUGCUUAACAGGUUAAUUAUACAUGUAUGGUUUAGUUUUUAAACGAGGUUUUGUGUACUCACACUUUCCAUCUUGCAUGGAAUUAAAUGUGUAUGUAGAAAAAUGUUUUCCUUCUCCCCACCUAUACAGACUCUUGCAAGAUGGUUUGAUAGAGGUGUCUCUCAGCAUACUUUAUUUGUAAUACUGAGCAGAGGUUACUGCAUAAGGUUUUGGAUGGUUUAUGGAGAUAACGUAUCUUGUAGGAAUUGUCUAGUCAUUUUAACUCUUUCACUGACUUUAACCUGAUAGUAAAUUCAGUCGUCUUCAGGGCCUUGUAUUUAUUAGGAAGGAGUAAGAGUAGAAUCCUAGUAUAAAUCCAGCAAACCCUUUCUCUAAGGUACUUCUUUGAAGGCAUUUUUUCUAAGUUGAGCCAAGAAUGUUUACAUUGUAUAGAAAUAUGGAAAAAAAUGAUGAAGUCUUGUAGAAAUGGUCUGCAGAAUUUUUGCUUGUAAGUUAUUCCUCUUAAAAGUAAUAAUUUAUAAACAUGGUUUAGUGUCUCUUGAUCAGCUAAUUCAACUUAGAGCAUUCAAUGAUCCACAUACGUUUUAAGAUAUCUUCAAAUGCCAAUUCAAAACACUAACGUUCAUUAACCUUCAGCACUUAAGCUUAGAGUUCUUCAAACACAGAAGAGUUGAUCUCAAGAAACACAUGAUCAUUAGUGUCUUAUUGUAAAUAUGAGUUUGUAUAAAUGCUCUUUUUGAGAGCACAAUAUUUAAAUACACUUUUAAAUUUGUAUAAUAGAACAAUUCCAGAGUAUAUAUUUAAAAAGGAAAAAAACCCUCCAAAGAUUAACAUAGUCCUAGAUAAAGAACAGCAAAAAAUAAAAUUGGGUGAAAUCCUGACCUAUUCAAGUCAGUAGGGCCAGGUUUUCAUCCCAGGGCUCCCUAGCUUGCUGGUCUUCAUGUUCCUCAGCUAUCUUACUUUUAUGUAGUUUGUCACUGAAGAUUACAUUACCUUCAGUUUAUUAGGCAACUGACUAAUGAUUUGGAAUAAACUAAAUGUAUUUCUGGAAUGUUACCUGAAGCUACUUAAUGUUUUUGUAAAUAUCACAUGGUAUUUAGUAGUGUAGGAGCUUGUGUAUAUAGACUGUGACUACUAUUAGUCCUCUUGGUGUACUAUUGAGCUACAGUAGUUUGCUUUAUCCAUUUGUAGAAUUAAACGUUACUGUUUAAUUGUUGUAAAAUUUUAUAAAAUCUCUUUGGGUUUUUUGGUUGACCCAAAUAUAAUGUAAGUCUCAAUGACAAAAAGAGUGAAAAUGGACGUUAAACCAGUACAUGGUCUUCGUAAAUCACUGUACUAAGUGUGCAAUGCUCUAUCUGAUGCUGCAUGUAAUGCAUUCACUAGCAUGGCCGUAUUUUUAGCUUUCUGUAAAGUUUUGAUUAAUUUAACUGUUUUUAAAAUGCAAAGAAUGUGUAUGGUUGAUAAGAACAAACUGUAAAGCAGACUGACUAAAGAACUUAUCACCAAAGUAUUUUAUUUUAUUUUUUUUAAGCCAGUUUGCCUCUGAAAAUGUGAAUUUUUGCCUUUUGGAAUGAUUUUUAAUGACUAAAAAAAUCAGAAUGAUCAAGGUGUGAAUGAAGAAAUUUUCCCAUGCUACCCAGUUUUAAGAAUUUUACCAUAACAAAACAUUUGGAAGAUGGCAGGGAUAUGGUUCAGUUUCCUUACCACCACCUAAGAAAACUCCAUCAGGGCCAUACUGUGAGCCCAGUCUUAUUCCACAGCAGCAUGUGAGAACAGCACUGUUCAAAAGAAGCCAAAAAAAACCAAAAACACACAGUAAUUUCAGAUAGAUGCUGUUCUGAGGAAUUCUUAAGUAUUAACCUGUUUUGAACUAUCAAUGGAUUACUUGAAUGGGGAGUGGUAAGUUCAUAGUGUUGUUCAGACCAUUAAAUGUUUCACCAUUAUACGCUUCAACAGUAAAUGUUGAGUUGACAGCUUUUUUUUUUUUUUUUAAACUAGAGCAUUUCUCUUGCAUAGGGCUUUUUAUUGCUGAAAGAUUGCUGUGUGUAUGUGUAUUAUAUGUAAAAAUCCCACCACAAUAUUUCAAGCUAAAGAAUGUAAGUUCACUAUCACAUUAUAAAUCACAGUAUGCUUUCCCUGUUACACUAUUUGGUUAGCCUCUGAGGAAGAAGCAUAAUCUGUCACUUUGGCCUGUUUUAUUUAGAACAUGCAUGUGGUGGUGGUUAGUGAUGUACUGUGCAAAAUCCCCAUAAAACUUGUCUGAAUGUAUUUAAAGGUUUGUUAGUGGUAUUAUGAGGCAAACAUGGAAGACUCUUUAGGUUGAUUGUAAAAUAUUACUUGUUCUCUCCCCACCCCAGUAAUGUGUAACGGGUUUGCACAACUAUUAAAUAUGAUCAGAACACUUAUAUAUGGAUUUACUUAUUCAAUAAACUUAUGAAAGUUCCUG